AUGCUCAAUGACGACAAAAUAAAAAGUUCUACUGAUGUUGUUGUGGAAAAGAAAGCAGAUGUCCAACAAUCUUCAUCAUUUGUAGCUACUGCUGGAAAUGAUGGAAAUGAUCCAGAAGAAAGGAAGGCUCUGCAAAAGUACUUAUCAGAAGAAUUAGAGAUGAAUGACCUAGGUUCUUUGAAAUAUUUUCUCAGAAUUGAAGUGUCUCGAUCUAACAGAGGUUUCUUUCUAUCACAAAGAAAGUAUGCCUUGGAUGUGCUACAAGAAACUGGUAUGUUAGCAUGUCAACUAGCUGAUACACCAAUCAAAGUAGGCUUGAAAUUAGGAGUCGAGACUGAUCAAGUACCAGUUGACAAAAGGAGAUACCAGAGACUUGUGGGAAGAUUAAUGUAUUUGUCUCACACUAGGCCAGAUCUUGCUUACGCAUUGAGUAUAGUCAGUCAGUUCAUGCAUAAUCUUGGAGAGCAGCAUAUGAAUGCAGUUAUGCGUAUCCUGAGAUAUUUAAAACAUACUCCUAGAAAGAGAAUCUUAUUUUCUAAAAAUAAGGACUACCAAAAUAUGCAUGCAUAUACUGAUGUUGAUUGGGCUGGAGCAAUGGAUGACAGAUGA